UGGUCUUGUCGCUUCUCGCGCAGACGGAUGAUCUCCCAGCGAGGCGGUGAUUGGCAGUUGUGAAGCGUGUGCAGUCGCUGACUCGCGUGAUAUGAUUCGCUCUUCUAGGGCAGCGCAUGCGCAGCGGCGUCUCCCGACUCAAGCAUUCGCGCCAUUUCUAGGAGAGGGUGCAGGCGCGUGCGCGCAGGAGAGUCACGUGGUGCAGGUAGGGGGGUAGGCAAACUGCGUGAGGCACCGAGCCGAAGUCUCUUCAGGAAGGGGCUCAGCGCUCCCCAGGCUGGCGGCAUCCCCGAAACCCCCCGACACCGCGACUUCUCCUGACCCCGCCCAGGACGACCCCAUUCUCUUCUUGUCAACUGACAGAGACGCCUGUCACGGUCCUACAGCGAGGGAGUCCGGCGACCCCGGCACUAGCGCCCCCUGCAGACAUGAAAGGUAGCCGGAUCGAGUUGGGCGAUGUGACUCCACAUAACAUAAAGCAAUUGAAGCGGCUGAACCAGGUCAUAUUCCCAGUCAGCUACAAUGACAAAUUCUACAAAGAUGUGCUGGAAGUCGGGGAGCUCGCCAAACUGGCAUAUUUCAAUGACAUUGCCGUGGGUGCAGUGUGCUGUAGAGUGGAUCACUCUCAGAAUCAGAAACGACUGUAUAUCAUGACACUCGGGUGCCUGGCCCCAUACCGCAGGCUUGGAAUAGGAACAAAAAUGCUGAACCAUGUUUUAAAUAUUUGUGAAAAAGACGGCACCUUCGACAACAUUUAUCUCCAUGUUCAGAUCAGCAAUGAAUCCGCCAUAGAUUUUUACAGGAAGUUCGGCUUUGAGAUUAUUGAAACCAAGAAGAAUUAUUACAAGAGGAUAGAGCCGGCCGACGCUCACGUGUUGCAGAAAAAUCUAAAGCUCUCGUCUCCGGGGCAGAAUGCAGACGUGCAAAAGAGUGAAAACUGAAUGGAAAAAGCAACAAACACUUUUCUUGCACUUGCUCGUCGCCAAAUACGGAAAGAGACUCAUUGAGUUUUAUUCUAAAUGUACACAUCCAAUAUCCCUUCUUCUUUAUCCACUUUAAAAUGGUAAAAAAAACGAGAUAAAAUGCUUCUUACGAGAGUUGUACAAGCUCUCACACACACACACACACAAACGUAUCUCAGUUGGUUGAACUCUGAAAAUGUCCCUGGGGCAAUGAGAGCAGUUUGUCAGGGGAAUGUGGAUUUCUUUGGCUUUACAAGUCCCCCCCCCCCCAUCCUUUUGUCUCGGAGAGUGAGUGGCUUCUGUCAGCCUGGAAUAGUCUUUAAAUAAAAUCUCUUCUUUUUAGCAUUCUCUUUCAAA